GGCCAUUCGCUAUUCGAGUAGGUGCUGGCUACAGGCGGCUGUUAAGAAGCGUAACGGACGCUGGUCUCCGACAGCAUGAUGGCUGCCUUAGCGGCCGGAGGUUACGCGCGGAGUGACACGAUAGAAAAGCUGUCCUCUGUCAUGGCGGGAGUUCCGGCGCGGAGAAACCAGUCCUCCCCGCCUCCUGCCCCACCGCUCUGCCUCCGGCGGCGGACGCGACUCGCGGCGGCUCCCGAGGACACUGUGCAGAACCGGGUGACACUUGAGAAGGUGCUUGGCAUCACAGCCCAGAACAGCAGCGGGCUCACCUGUGACCCUGGCACAGGCCAUGUGGCCUACUUAGCAGGCUGUGUGGUGGUGGUCUUGAACCCCAAGGAGAACAAGCAGCAACAUAUAUUUAACACUACCAGGAAGUCCCUGAGUGCUCUGGCCUUCUCCCCAGAUGGGAAGUACAUAGUGACAGGAGAGAAUGGGCACCGGCCAGCUGUGCGCAUCUGGGAUGUGGAAGAGAAGACUCAGGUGGCAGAGAUGCUGGGCCAUAAGUAUGGUGUGGCCUGUGUGGCCUUCUCACCCAAUAUGAAGCACAUCGUGUCCAUGGGCUACCAACAUGACAUGGUCCUCAAUGUUUGGGACUGGAAGAAAGACAUUGUGGUGGCUUCCAACAAGGUGUCGUGUCGAGUCAUCGCCCUCUCCUUCUCUGAGGACAGCAGCUAUUUUGUCACUGUUGGCAAUCGGCAUGUUAGGUUUUGGUUCUUAGAAGCCUCUACAGAGGCCAAGGUAACCAGCACAAUGCCCCUGGUAGGGCGCUCAGGCAUCCUGGGUGAGCUGCACAACAAUAUCUUUUGUGGCGUGGCCUGCGGCCGGGGCCGGAUGGCAGGCAAUACCUUCUGUGUGUCCUACUCUGGCCUCCUCUGCCAGUUCAAUGAGAAGAGGGUACUGGACAAGUGGAUCAACCUAAAGGUCUCCUUGUCUUCCUGCCUCUGUGUCAGUGACGAGUUGAUCUUCUGUGGAUGCACAGACGGGAUAGUCCGCAUCUUCCAGGCCCACAGCCUGCUCUACCUCACGAACCUGCCCAAACCGCACUACCUGGGAAUAGACGUGGCCCAGGGUCUGGACUCCAGCUUCCUUUUCCACAGAAAAGCAGAAGCAGUCUACCCAGAUACAGUGGCCCUGACCUUUGACCCCAUCCACCAGUGGCUGUCCUGUGUUUAUAAAGACCACAGCGUCUACAUCUGGGAUGUCAAGGACAUUAAUGAAGUCAGCAAGAUAUGGUCAGAACUCUUCCACAGCUCCUUCGUCUGGAAUGUAGAGGUGUACCCCGAAUUCGAAGACCAGAGAGCUUGCCUGCCAUCCGGGACUUUUCUGACUUGUUCCUCAGACAACACCAUCCGCUUCUGGAAUAUGGAUAGCGGCUCUGACACUCAAUGGCGGAAAAACAUCUUCAGCGAUUCCCUGCUGAAGGUGGUCUAUGUGGAGAACGACAUCCAGCACCUGCAGGACAUGUCUCACUUCCCAGACCGGGGUAGUGAGAACGGGACGCCCAUGGAUAUGAAAGCUGGGGUUCGAGUCAUGCAGGUCAGUCCUGAUGGCCAGCACUUGGCCUCAGGCGACCGCAGUGGAAAUCUGAGGAUCCACGAGCUGCACUUCAUGGAUGAGCUGAUCAAGGUGGAGGCCCAUGAUGCUGAGGUGCUGUGCCUGGAGUACUCCAAGCCUGAGACAGGAGUGACUUUGCUGGCUUCAGCCAGUCGGGACCGGCUCAUCCAUGUGUUAAAUGUAGAGAAGAAUUACAACCUGGAGCAGACACUGGAUGACCACUCCUCCUCCAUCACUGCCAUUAAGUUUGCUGGCACCAGAGAUGUCCAGAUGAUCAGCUGCGGAGCCGACAAGAGCAUCUACUUUCGCAGCGCCCAGCAGACCUCGGAUGGGCUGCACUUUGUCCGUACCCACCACGUAGCAGAGAAGACCACCUUGUAUGACAUGGAUAUUGACAUCACACAAAAGUAUGUGGCUGUGGCCUGCCAGGACCGCAAUGUAAGGGUCUACAACACAGUGAGCGGGAAACAGAAGAAGUGCUACAAGGGCUCUCAGGGUGACGAAGGGUCCCUGCUGAAGGUCCAUGUGGACCCCUCAGGCACCUUCCUGGCCACAAGCUGCUCUGACAAAAGCAUCUCCGUAAUUGACUUUUACUCAGGCGAGUGUGUUGCCAAGAUGUUUGGCCAUUCAGAAAUUGUCACUGGCAUGAAGUUCACCUAUGACUGCCGCCACUUGAUCACAGUAUCCGGAGACAGCUGUGUGUUCAUCUGGCACCUGGGCCCCGAGAUCACCACCUGCAUGAAGCAGCACUUGAUGGAGAUCAACCACCAGGAGCAGCAGCAUCUGCCCAAGGACCAGAAGUGGAGUGGCCCUCCCAGCCAGGAGACCUCUGCAUCCACCCCAAGUGAGAUCCGUUCCCUGAGCCCUGGGGAGCAGACAGAGGAUGAGAUGGAGGAGGAGUGUGAACCAGAAGAGACGCUGAAAACACCGUCCAAAGAGAGCUUGGACCCAGAUCCUCGGUGCCUGCUGACCAAUGGCAAGCUGCCACUGUGGGCAAAGCGGCUGCUAGGGGAUGAUGAUGUGACAGACAGCUCAGCCUUCCACGCCAAGCGCAGCUACCAGCCACAUGGCCGUUGGGCAGAGCGGGCUGAGCAGGAACCCCUCAAGACCAUCCUGGAUGCCUGGGCCCUGGAUUCCUACUUUACACCCAUGAAGCCUGGAAAUCUUGAAGACUCUGUUCUGGACUCAGUAGAGCCACAAAACCUGGCAGGCCUGCUAAGUGAGUGCUCACCAGAGAAUGGACACACGGCCCCGGGAGAAGGCCUGGUGAGCUACCUUUGUCACUCAGAGUCAGGGAGCCCCAAAGAAGACAGCCGAGGACACCCCUCCUACCUGCCUCUACAGAGGGAAGGCACUGAGACAAGAGAACUCAUCCUCUGCUCCCCAGAGGUGGAAGUGACAGUUACAGGGAUGCACAGGGAGUAUUAUGAGGAGGCAGAGGCAGGACCUGAGGACCAGCAAGGCGAUUCCUAUCUCAGGGUCUCCUCCGUCAGUUCAAAGGAUCAGAGCCCUCCUGAGGACUCAGGGGAAUCAGAGGCUGAACUGGAGUGCAGCUUUGCUGCCGCCCAUGUCUCAGCUCCUCGAACGGACCCUGGCCCUCACCUCACCAUGACAGAGCACUCAAGUACAGACGAGCUUGCCCAGCCUGGGGUGCCGGGCUUGGGCAAUGGCUCCUUACCCCAGACGCCUGAGCAGGAGAAGUUCCUCCGCCACCAUUUUGAGACUCUUACUGAUGCCCCUGCUGAAGAGCUCUUUCCUGGAUCACUGGGAGACAUAAAGAUCUCAGAGACUGAUGACUAUUUCUUCAAUCCCCGGCUGAGCAUCUCCACACAGUUCCUCUCCCGCCUCCAGAAGACCUCCAGGUUCCCUCCCCGGCUGCCCCUGCACCUUAUGAAGUCUCCAGAGGUUCAGCCUGUGGGCCAAGGGGGCAACCAGCCCAAAGCAGGGCCCCUGAGAGCAGGUACUGGCUACAUGUCCUCAGAUGGGACCAAUGUCCUCUCUGGGCAGAUGGCUGAAGAGACUCCAGAGGCCUCGUGUCUACCAACCCCUCCCAUCACAGGCCUGGCAUCCUGUGUCCCUCCUUCCUCAGUGAUACCCACAGACAGGAAGCCUCCAACACCCACGUCUGGACUGACCACAGGCCGGGAGCAGAGUAUUCCCGCCCCAUCUCCGUGUUCUUACCUGGAGUCCACAACAAGCUCACAUGCCAAGAUGACUCGCAGCACCUCUCUCGGGGACAGUGAGGGCCCUGUGACAGGCGAGCUACCCAGGCCACUCCACAAGCCCGUAUCCCCCGGCCAGGAACCCCAGGCUGUUCCCACUACAGUAGCACUCACUUCUAGUGUCAAAGGCCAUGAGCCUGCACUGCCUGCUUGGGGCAACCAUGAGGCCCGAGCCAGCCUGAGACUGACCUUAUCCAGUGUCUGUGAGCAGCUCCUCUCUCCACCGCAACUGGAGCCACCCACCACACCUGUGUGGUCUCAGGAAGCUGUGGAUGUCCCACCUAGUAUGGCAGUCACAGUAGCCAGCUUCUCAGCACCCAGCCCUGAAGACAUGAGCACCCUGGGACUCCACAGUUCUGUGUUUCUUCCAAAGACCUCAGCCUCUGGGCCCCUCACCCCUCCUGCCCACCCCAACAGCCUCCAACUUCUAGAGACCAGGUCUAGGAUGCCUGGCAGCACCCCUGCUCUCCUGGAGCCCACUCCUGAUGCAUCGAGUGGGAGCCCAGACAGCCCUGGACACUGUGGGGAGCCUGGGCGCCGAGCUGAAGUCCCACCCCCAGGACCCCUUGAGCUAGACAGUGUGGAAUCAGUCUUGUACAGGCUGCAGACUGCCUUCCAAGAAGCCCUUGACCUUUACCGAAUGUUGGCCUCCAGCAACCAGCUGGGUGCGGAGCAGCAGCAGGCACAGACUGAGCUGGCCUCCGCCUUCCACUGGAUCCACCACCAGCUGGAAGCCAGCAACUGUGUGGGUGCAGCUAGCGUGGCCCCACCCCUCACACUGCCUAGCCCAGGCCCUCCCUCCCCACCUACACUUUGUCCCCUGGCCAGCCCAAACCUGCAGGCCCUGCUGGAACACUACUCGGAGCUGCUAGUGCAGGCAGUGAGGAGGAAGGUGAGGGGCGACUGAGAGGCUGCAGCCCCUCUACCAAAGCCCUGCUGCCCCCGGAGAAAUAGAUUUGUAAGCAAAUAAACUGACAGUUGUUUCCUGGAA